AUGUCGCUGCCAUUCUCCAACGAACCCCCCGCGGAGCGGGUGCCCUACGCGAUCCCUCAGCUGGAGGGUGAGCGCAUCACCAUCCCCGGCAGCAAGGGUGUCUUUCGCAUUCUGACUUCCUCCAAGCAAACGAAUGGCUUGAUGACUGUCUUCCAGAGUGGGGCUACGAUCUCAGAUGCGCCAGGUUUCCACUACCACAACCAUGCCCACGAUGUCUUCCUCGUCACGAAGGGCUACUUGAAGUUGUGGAAUGGUGAUCAGUGCCGGAUCUUGGCCCCGGGCGACUUUGCCUAUAUUCCUCCACUCGUUGUCCAUCAACCCGAAAUGAUCGGUCCGCACACUGAACUUCAGGGCCUGAUCACCCCCGGUGACUGGGUCGACUUCUUCCGCUACGUCUCAGAGCCCUACGAUGGCAUCCUGGUGCCCGAGACCGACAACCGCGAUCUGAAGUCCCUACUGAUCCCCAAGGUGAUGGCGGCCAAAGGAAAGUUUGAUGUCGUUUUCCAGCCCAACUAUGUGCCACCAGAGGUCAGCGACUGGACCAAGGAUGAUGAGAAGUUGCCGGAUGGCCAUGAGAAGUACUUCCUGCGUGCGAAUACCGGUCCUCGCUGGAUGCUGGGAGGCGUGAUGUCGCGGCCAUUUGUCACAACCAAGCAGAGCAAUGGUGUCUGUGCGAUUUCUAGUAUUGAAUCGUCAAAGGAGUACGGGGAGACUGUGUUCUCAAAGUAUAUGACGUUCAGCUCAGUGGACCACUGUUUCUGCGUGAUGGAGGGCACCCUCAAGGUUAGCCUGCAGGGCUCAGGUGAUUCUAUCUUCCGGGAGGGUGAUACGGUUGUUAUUCCUGCUGGUCAGGCUUUCUCUCUAGGCUUCGAGAGCAAAUUUGUCAAGGUCCACUCCUUUGCAGAUGGUGAUGGUAUUGAGUCCCUCAUUCACCAGGCCGGCAAGCAGAUCGAGGAGGUAGUGCUGCCGGACCAAGCCCCCGUGUGGGACCGAUCCAAGCUUGUCUCGGUUGCAGAAGCUCUUAAGAUCACCUUCUAA